CGCAGGCGCGGAAGAGAAGACGGGAGGGAAUUAAGAGAGGGGAAGAAAGUUUUGGCGCAGGCUGGCUUGGCCGUUUUGCCGAGGGGGGUAGCGGCUCCCUUCCGGGUAUUGGCAGCGUUAUAGACCUGUAGUAUGGAUUCGAGCGAGGUGACUAAUACACUGGAACAGGCCGGGCACUCUCACCGGGGCAGCGUGUCGUCCUCUGUAGCAAGGCACUCUGAAGUCCUGAUUUACCUGGUGAACAACUCCAUCAUUCAGCUGUCCGUCGAGGGCCUGUCAUCUCUCACAGCAGGGGAGCUGGCCAGGACGGUCCGAGAGGUGUUGCGGUUACCCGAUCAGGCUUACGAGGUUUUUUCCUUCUGGCUCACCUCGCCCUUUCUCGAACUGCAGCUGAAACCCAAGCACUGUCCAUACAAGCUCAGCCGUCAGUGGCAGGACCUCCUCUACCGCUUUACCAAAUGUUCCGCUCACGACAUCGUUCACGAUGAACCUAUCUUACAGUAUCGAAAGAACGUAUUCUUCCCCAAGAGCAAAGAGAUGCAGAUCAAGGACAAAGGCAUUCUCCGACUGCUCUACGAAGAGGCCAAGUGUAAUAUUCUGGAGGGCCGGUAUCCCUAUGACCUGGAGGACUGCAUUCAAGUCGGGGCCCUCGCUUGCCGAAUUGAGCUCGGCCCUUUCGACCAGGAACAGCACAAUCCGGCCUUCCUCAGGGGGAAAAUCGACCUGUUCCUCCCCACGCACCUGUGCAAGAAGCACGGCGGGCUGCUGUCGGCGUUCCGGUCCCGCGGGGCCAGGCAGCAGAGCUACGAAGAGAUGCUGCUGGAGUCCUUCAGGCAGCUGGUGGACGACGCCGCGUGCGAGGAGACGGAGGCGCUGAAGCUGCUCUGCCACCGGUAUCUGCAGAAGUGUCACCUGCUGCUGUAUUAUGGCUCCGCGAUGUUCACAGGCCAGAUUGACAGGCCAGCUCAGAGUUUCCUGCAGCGGAAUGGACGCAAGUCAGUAACCAUAGCGAUCAGUCUGGAUGGUGUAUCUGUCAUGGACAGUAAAGAAAAGUGUGUGCUCUUGGCUCUGUACUUUCAUGAGCUCUCGUGGGAUUAUACGUCCUCCGAGGAUGAAGACUCUGAUGACAUCUUGUGGCUGGAGUUUGACGGCGAGGAGGGGGGAGCUGUGGUAAACAAGCUUCUGAAGAUCUACUCCAAGCAGGCGGAGCUGAUGAGCGGCAUGAUCGAGUACUGUAUCGACUUCAACAACGCCUCUGAGACGCCUCCGGCGCAAGACGCCGUGGCUGCCAAGCCCCCAAAGCCAGCGGAGAAGCGCGGCAAACUGAGAAGGCAAAGCAGCGUGGUGUGCAAUCGGAUCCAGCAGCUCUCGACCAUAGACUACGUGGAGGAGGGUAAAGAAAUCAAGAGGGUGAAACCCAAGAGGGCAGCGUCCUUCUUCACGAGGCAGCUGUCCCAGGGCCCGGCCGCUUACAGCGCGGUGGAAGUCGCAGAGACGCUGGAGCAGGGCUGACGUGGUCGACGGAGAUGGCAGCCCUUCCGGGAAAGGAGAAUGAAUUCUUCAGGAAGACUGAAGGGGUGUGUGGGGGAGGGUGGGAAUUGAAGCAAAAAGUUUUUCUCAGCAGCCAAAAAUCCUUUGGAGAUUCAAAGAGGCCGCAAGCCCACGACUGCUGCGAACAAUCUCUGAAACUAAGGUGCCACAGUAUUUGGUAAUCCCCGAUACCUAGUAUUGUACCUGGCGCCUAUAGAAACCGUGUAGAAAAAGAUUUAAUAUGUAUAAUAUAUAAUCUUUUAUUUAAAAAGACAAUGAAUAGAGAUAUAGAUAUGUCGUGUCAUAUAACGUGCGGCAGUCCCUGCACUUCUUGGUCCUUUAAAUUUCCUGGAGGGGUGGGAGGAGAGUAUGCAUCCCUUGCUGAUGAGGGAAGAAUCUCCUUGCUAUCUCCUGUGAAUCUUAGACAGACCUUCCUCAAUGAACGCCAAGCUCCAUUGUAUCUGACAAAUUGUGGGGCCAGGGAGCUCUUCAUACAGAUCCAGUGAAGGGUUGAGUUUGGGGAGGGGGGGGGUUGUUGAUGGAGUUGGGAUCACUUUUUUAAAAAGAAGUAGCACUUGCUGAGUAUUUUAAGUGUAAAGCCAAAAGAGAAAAUAUUUUAGCCUGUGGAGAAAGGGGCUUUUCUCAUCUGCGAGCAAACCAUUGAAGCCUGGUGCUUGCCUUUUCCUCGGUGUUACUAAUGUCCAGCAUUAUCUUUUAGUUCGCUCUUCCGUGGUUCUUGUUAUGUUUUGAGUGCUUUGGAAUUUUUUUUCCCGGGUGUCAGCAGGCGCAGGGACAGGAGGGCCAGCAAACUUGACCCGAGCACCGUUAAUGUGAAUGCUGAGGUUUGGUCCUGAUCUACGUCAAAAAGGUGGCUCGUGGUCUGAGCCCAAGCACUUCACUACAUUCCUGAUCUUUCAUUUCGACUUCCUUUGCCGCUGCGUGGCGAGUGAUCGUGUUGGGUGGACGUGCGUGGCUUCGGUCAAUUUCGUGUGGAACCCUGGAAAGAUCAGUCUCCAGCGUCCCCCAACCGCAGUCCUGUUUCUAUUUUGCAACCCGCUCCCAGCUUCCGUCAGACCGUCGAUAACCAAAAAAAAAAUCCACGGCUUUGGGACGGCGUAGUGGGGAUCUGUUCACAGCUCAUAUAAACACCCACUUCUAUUUAAUGCACACCGACAACUUGGGAAAAGUCACAGUUACAAGCUGAAAGUAUUCAAUCAAAGCUGGGAAGGGUUAAAGGUAUUAUUUCAAUACUGGGGGUGGGGUGGGUGGAGGAAGUAUUACAUUCCUAAUAGACUCCUCUCACUGCUGUAAAUUUUGCGCUGGCAGUUCUGAUUCUCCAGCAAAGCUGUCAGUGAAUGUGUAAUGCCCCACUCUACCCCUGGAAAACUAAAAGACGGAAGUUCUGGACUGCACUGAAAUGAGCCCAAAGAAAGCUGCUGGGUACUGUUUCCAUUUCUGAUUGCACUACGAAAGGUAACUUGAUUCCAGAAAAGUAGUUUAGGAGUUUUAACUUUAUUUUUAAGUGGUUUAAUCUGCUGUGCACAGAUCAAUGAUUUUUGUGGGAUGCUCCGACUAAUUCUUAAUGCACAUGUUUUAGAUUUGCAAU